UGAGGUUGCGUAUGUAAAACGCUUAGCAGAGAGACUACCAAGAGGAAGUACUUAAACCUUCUGUAUGAUUGUCAUUCUGGUGUUUGCCAAAGUGUUUGUAGGUAACAGGAUGUUACUUGAGACAAUGAUAUAGUCAGAUUCGUUUGUGAAAGGCAGUCCAACAAUUCUCUUUCCCACAGGAUUUCUAAAGACCUUCGUGUUUUGAAACUCUGCUGUUGGGACAUGCUGUUUUAACAGCAAUCGCUUUUUAUAACAUUUUCCUAAAUAAAUUUUUCACUCUAAUUAAAAGAUUUUUUUUUGGAGACAUUGGUAGUUCAGUGGUAGAAUUCUCGCCUCCCAUGAGGGAGGCCCAGGUUCAGUUCCUGGCCAGUACACCUCAAGCUCAGCAGCCAGCCACCCAUCUGUCAGUGGAGGCUUGUGUAUUGCUAAGAUAUGGAACAGGUUUCAGCGGAGCUUCCAGACUAAAAUGGACUAGGAAGAAAGGCCUGGCCAUCUACUUCUGAAAAUCAGCCAAUGAAAGCAUUAUGGAUGACAAUGGUUUGAUCUACAAGCAAUCAUGGAGACGGUGCAGGACCAGGCAGUGUUUUGUCACCGGGAAUCGGAGGCUGACUGAUGGUAGCUAACACCACCAGGAUUGACACGGUUCAAAAUUCAAAAAGCACUUAAGAAUGGGCAGUAAAAUGGCUCCUUCCUCUGUCCAUCUGCCAUCUCUUUCUUAUCCCCAGAAGCAACCAAUGUGUUCAGGUUUCCUAUGUUUGCUUCCAGAGAUCUUUUAUGCAGAUACGAGGAACUCUGCAUAUAUGUUAUAUGCUUUCCCAUCUUUUGCAAAAAUCGCAUGCUCUACCAUACAGAGCUUCUACUCUGUAUCUUGCUUUUUUUGUUUGUUUUAUAUAAUAGAUCCUGGAGAUAGUUCCAUGUACCAAGGCAUCCAGAAGGUCUUCAUUCUGUUUUAUGAUGAUUGUGUAGUAGGUCUCUGGGUGGUGCAGUUUGUGCUUGACUACUAAACUAAAGGUUGUCAGUUCAGAUCCACCCAGUGGCACUGUGGAAGAAAGGCCUGGCAAUCUGCUUCUAUAAAGAUUACAACCAAGAAGAACCUAUGGAGCAGUUCUCUGUAACACAUGAGUUGCCGUGAGUCAGAACUGACUUGAUGGCAAUGGCUUUGUUUUUUGUUUUUUUGUGGCCCAUUGCUUAAGUGUUAACAACGUUUGUCCCCAACUGGUAUUCUUGUAGGACCCCUAGUGGUGCGGUGGUUAAGAACUCAGCCGCUAACCAAAAGGUUGGCAGUUCGAAUCCACCAGCCACUCCUUGGAAACCCUAUGGGGCAGUUCUACUCUGUGCUUUAGGGUCGUUAUGAGUCAGGAUCGACUCGACAGCAACGGGUUUGGUUUUUUGGUUUUGGUGUUCUUGUAGUUCGAUUCCAACCCUUCCCGUUCCUAUAAUGCUGCUGCAGUGAGUGACUGUCUCACCCACGUGCAAGGGGACCCUAGGAUGUAUAUUCAGCCAUGGAGUGGCAGGUUGCAGGGUCUGGGCCUGGUAAUUUUGAAAGAGGCUGCCACUAUGUUUGAAUAGUUUAUAGAACCGUUCUCUCCUCAUUCUUUUUUCAAAAUUAUCUUGACUUAAUCUUGCGUAGUUAUCUUUGUUUUUUUUGAACAUUUUCUUAUGGACAUUUUAAAGCAUAUUCAAAACUAGAGACAUUAAGAUAACCUGUACUUAGCUGUCACCCAGCUUCACCAGUUUCCAAAGCCCAUGGCCAGUCUAGUUUCAGUGUUGCCGCUACCCCAGCCCCUGACACCGGAUAAUUUUGAAGCAAAUCGCAGACAUCGUUUCACCUGUAAAAACCUCAAUAUGUAUCUCAAAAAGAUAAUGACUGAAACAACCACAGUAUCAUAUCAUUAUCAACCUAAAAUUAAUAAUUCCUCAGCAUCAUUGUAUGGCCUCUUAGUAUUUAAACUUCCCCAAUUGUCUCUUAAAUAUUUGUUAUUCAUUUGUUUACGGUUUGUUCGAAUAAGGAUCCAAGGUCUACAUGCUGCAUCAUUAAAUUCCAGGUUCCUGUCCUCUUUUUUCCUCUCUGGCAACAUAUUUGAAGAAAAAACCAGGUUGUUUGUCCGGUAGACUGCUAUCUUCGCGGUGGCUUAUCGAGUUCCUCUGAGGUUCCUGUGAAGUCUUGGUCAGAUUCAGUUUCACUUUUGUGGGGAGACCUCUCCGCAGGAGGCAUUGUGCUUUCUCAGCAGGGGGCACAGGGCGUCCGGCUGACACUCCUUUUGUGACAUGAACAGCCUCGGGGCUCUAUGCCCUGAUCCAUCAGGAUGCAAUUUUUAUUUUCCAAAUGUUCAAACAUACAGGAAAGUUGAAAGAAUUGCACAGUGACCACCACUGGAUUCCACAAUUAAUAUGCUGUUAAAUUUGCUGCUAACUGAAAAGUUGGAGGUUUGAGUCCAGCCAGAGGCACCUCAGAAGAAAGGCCUGGUGAUCUACUUUCAAAAACUCAGACAUUGAGAACCCUACCGAGCACAGUUCUACUCUGAUACAUGUGGGGUCACCAGGAGUCGGGGUUGACUUGACAGCAAGUGGUUAAAUUUGCUUUAGCAUACUGCAUCUCUCCAUCUCUCCAUUCCUCCACCCCCCUCAUGUUUUGAGUGCAAAUCAAAAUAGGUGGAUGUAAUUGUUUUUAAUAUGGCUUUUCCCGUGAAAUAUCCUGCUAGAGUUUCAACAGGAUUGCAAGCCCUGAUGUCUUUGCAGUUUUGAGCAGUAUUUCCCCACCUGAAGGAGUCCUCAGAAAUUCACAAGAUGAGAGGUGUCACUGUCAGGACUUGUCUGCUUAAUCUUCCAACUCCCUGUGCCUCCUCGGGCAAGUCACGCCACUUUUCUGAACUUGUUGCCUCAGCUGUAAAAUGGAGAAAACCAGGGGCCUCGUGGGCUUAGGGCGAGGGUUAGAUAUAUGCUGGGCAGUGUGCUGAGCUCUGUACAUGUAUUAAAGUGCUCAGUGAUCACACCACUCCAGAAGGGAGCACUGUGAUUGCCAUGUUACCAUUGAGGAGAUGGCAAACACGGCUCAGGCUUGAGCCCAGUCAGCCCUGUGAGCCCCGUGAGGCGGUCCCACCCCCACUGCUGUGGACAACAGGGUGCAGUUGUGAGGCCACAGACUCUGCAUUAGGUCCUUGUGUGCUGGUUCAGCUCACUGGCUGCUCCUGGCAUCUCUAGAAGGUCGUUGUUUUUAGUUAUCCUAGAGCUGGCUCCAACCCAUGGUGACCCCAUGUAUAACAGAACGAAGUGUUGCCCAGACCUUCGUCAUCUUUGCGGUCGGUGUGCUCAAAUCCAUUAUUGUGGCCGCUGUGUAUUUUAAGUGCCUUCCAAUCUAGGGGCUCAUCUUCCAGCGCUAUGUCAUACAAUGUUCUGUUGCAAUCUAUAGGGUUUUCAUUGGCUAAUUUUCAGAAGUAGAUUGCCAGGGCUUUUUUUCUAGUCUGUCUUAGGCUGAAAUGCUCCACUGAAACCGGUCCACCAUAGGUGACCCUGCUGGUACUUGAGAUACUGGUGGUGUAGUUUCCAGCAUCACAGCAACACACACAAGCCACUACAGUAUGACAACCUGACUGACAGGUGGCAGUCUAGAAGGUGGGGGCUCUGGACAUGCCCACUUCACAGAUGAGGAAGUUCAGGGUGGGACAGUUCCAACACGGUGUGAUACAAUAGCAGAUACUUCAUAUCUUUCCUGGGCUGGGGAGCACCCUCUCCUCCCACCCGUCUCAAGCUCAGACAUUGGCCUUUCACGUUCUAGGGUCCUGUUUUCCCACCCAGGUGGGGCAGUCAUCACUCAUGUCUUCCAGAGACUUGGUGGCCACUGCCACCACACUUCUUCCUGGGCUCCCCGCUUCUCUCUUCACUCCCUCUUGGCCCAAGGGACCAAGCCCCUGGCAAGAUCUACCCCCGACAGGGCAGGGUUGGGAGCAGGGAGGGCACAGACAUCACCUGUCUCCUUUGCCAAGGGACAUCUGUUCUUUGUGAAUCACCUAUUAGGGCAACAUCCCGGAGUUCACAGAAGCCUGCGAGGGUCCCACAAAAGGAUUUCAGGGGUCACAAGACCCCCAACCCAUGUACCAAAUUUCUGUGUGUGUUCAUCCAACAAAUAUUCAUUGAGAACCUACUGUGUGCCAGACACGGUUCUAGUCACUGGGGUACAGCAGUGAGCUAGGCAAAGAUUUCCGCCCUUAUAUUCUAGGUGGGAGAGGCAUUCAAGGGGCAGUAAGAAAAAAAAAAAAGGGGUUAGUAAAUUAUAAGUAUGUUAGAAAGUGAUGAAAGAAAAAACAGUAAAUUAUAAAUAUGUUAGAAGGUGAUGAUUUAUGGGGACAAAAGGUAAAGCCUAAGGCUGAGUGACAGUUGUAAAAUGGGUGACCAGGUGUGGUGAAACGAAUUCCUGUAUAUGGCCUUUUACCUUGGUUCUUUGAAAAAACAGCUUGAGAUUUUUUUCCCCGUAAGGCCUGAGGGGUUAUCUUUGUCCUAGUUUUCUACCCCAGAGGGUUUGUUACUUUUGUCCAGGUUGAUUGAUAUUUCCUGGGUAAAUUGUGAAUAACUUGAUUUGAUACUUUUGGUCUGGUCCUGGGCUGCAGCCUGCCCUGUGAUUGGUAUGCACCUUGCAGGGAUUUGUUGAUAGACUAUGCAAAUGAGAGGAGGUGUAGCCUACUAUGCAAAUGAAGUGUCUGAGGCCUACUGAGAGGGGAUUGGUCAGCUUGUGCCCACCCCCAUUGGGAGGGGCCAUGCCUUGAAAUUGACAAGCAGUUGUGUAUAUAAGCAGCCAGCACCACAGAGGUUUUUGAGAUAGAAGCAGGAAGAAAAGCAGCAGAGAGAAGAGGCAAGGAACCUCCUAAAAGGGCUGUAACCCAGGUCAAGAGCCAUAACAUUAAAGACAGCAAGGGACCCAGUGGCAGGGCCAGUAGCGACAGGCCCAGCUUGGGCCCAUGGCAGAGUGGGCAGUAAUGGAUGGCAAGGCCAAGAGGAGCCUGUCCUACCGAGAGGAGCUGAGAGAGCUGUCCUGCACUGAAGAAGGGGACUCUGCCUACAUGCUUCCUGAUCCUGAGUUGUAGUCUGUUACUUCCUGAAUAGACCACUUAACUAUGCUCUUUGAGUUCUGUGUGGCCACUGCAACAGAUUAUCAAGCCCAGAAGAGAAGUAGAGUGCUGUGGGAGGAGUGGUUGGUGUCAGAAUCGGUAAAAAGGCUGGAGAGUGGAGGUAUGUUUGGUCUCCAGCUCAUAGUGAUCAGCCUUGGGCUGAUCUUGAAUUGCAUUGUCCUCCCUGAAGUUAGACAGGUUCUGAUGCUGCUACUGAUACUGCUACUAGUACUACUGCCCCCAUUUUACACCUGGGAAGGCCUCACCUGAGUAGAUGGAGGUGAGGGAGGAGCCAUGUCCCCCCGUGUAAAUAUAGAGUGGUCCAGGCAGAAGGAACAUCAUGUGCGAAGGCCCGGAGAGGGGACUGUUCUGGGUGAGUGGUGUGGUCUUGAGGCACAGCAGAGAGGCCAGUGUGGCUGGAGCAGAAAGAGGAGAGGAAGCUGGGAGGAGCUAAGGGCAGAGGGGUCCGGAGCAGCUAGGCCCAGGCAAGGAGUCUGGAGGAUGUGAAACAGAGGGAAUGACGGGAUUUGAUUUGCCUUUUGAGUUGGUCUCUCAAGAACUGUGGCAAGCGGAUCUUUGGGGGGACAGAGCAGCAGCAGAGAGACUUAGUUGGUGGGAUCUCCAAGCAAGAAGGGGCGGGUGCUAUGGCCUUAGGGAUGGGGAAAAUAGAUGAAUACCAGGCACGGCACUAUCAAGGCCCUCAACAAGGUCUCUCUUAUAGAACUGGGAUAGAGGCACAGGAAGUGAGGAGGCUGGUGGAGAGCUGAGAGAGGCAGAGAAGGAGAGAGGGCAGGGCCGGGGGGAGGGGAGGGGAGGAGAAAGGGCAGAGCACUUUUCUUGGAGUGAAGAAACAAGCUGGAGGGGCAAAGGCAGGGUGCAGGACAGGGGUAAAAGCCAGUUACAAGUGGCAUCUUCAAGACAGUGGCCCAGGACUCGUUCCUAAGACACCUGCCUUGGCACUGCCUGCAGGGAGUGGGAGAUCCUCAAGAUCUUCAAAGGUAAAGGACCUUCAGGGGCCAUGGCCUUGCUCAGGGUCAGCACAGGGCCUGGCAUCUAGUAAGCGCUCAAUAAAUGUGGGUUCUGUUCAUUUUUAUGGCAUCUCUCAUCCUAGGGGUUCCUCACUGUCACCCCCAAAUUCUUUAUUUGCCCCCCAGAAUGUUAAAAUCUCACACUAACUUCUUGAGGCUAUGCUUAAAAGUCUCCCAUUGUCACCCCCUUUGAAAGUUUGCCUUGAAAUCCCACCUAGCGCCUCGAGGACAGUGCCCAGAGGGCCCCCCCCCCCAUUAACUUCCCUUUCUAAGGACCAAUCACCAUCUCACCCAGUUCUGAAGGAAGGUGUCUCAUCACCCCCGCCUCCCCGCAGGGUCCCUGUUGGUGAAAACAAAGGAAACCAGUUGUGUUAGCACUUCCUGUGGGUUCACCUGGGAGCCAGCAGUGCAGCUAAGGUCUGCCCUGUCAGAGACUUGCCAGUGCCCAGCGACCCCACCCCCACCCCCGGGCUUCUUGGGCCCCGCACCUGCCGAGGUAGCCCACUCUGGGGCCACAGAGAAUCCCCCUGCCCCUCCCUGGGCCUGGCCACAGUGCAGCCCCUGGCUUCUGGCAUCCUAACCGCCAUUUCCGUUCCCUGGGUGACCUACCCACCCCCUGCACUGCUGGCACCUCAUCAGGGCACCUUUUCCCCAAAGACUGACCACCAUGGUGCCCUUGGCACCACUGCUCCAGGCCUGCCUGUCUCUGCUCAUCCUCCUGCUGCUGGUCUGCUGCCUGCUGCCCCCAGGUGCCCAGGGGCAGGUGUCCCCCCUGCGGGUGGAGCCCCAGAACCCAGUGGUGCCCACUGGAGGGUCGCUCCUGGUGAACUGCAGUGCUGACUGCCCGGAUCCUGAAAAUAUCAUCCUGGAGACGGCCCUGUCCAAGCAGCCAGUGGGCAGUGGACUGAGCUGGUCAGCCUUCCAGCUCAGCAAUGUGACUGGUGACAGCGACAUUAUCUGUGCUGGGUUCUGCAAUGGCUCCCAGAUUAGUGGCUCUACCAGCAUCACCGUGUACCGGCUACCGGAGCGCAUGGAGCUGGCGCCCCUGCCCCCCUGGCAGCCAGUGGGCGAGAACUUCACUCUGCACUGCCAGGUAUGGGGCGGAGCUCCCCGGGCCAACCUCUCCAUGGUGCUGUUUCGCGGGCAGGAGGAACUGGGCAGGCAGCCCGCAGUGGGGGAGCCUGCUGAGGUCACGGCCACAAUGCCUGCGCGCAGGGAGGACUACGGCGCCAACUUCUCAUGCAGCACGCAACUGGACCUGCGGCCCCAGGGGCUGGGACUGUUCGAGAACAACUCGACCUCCAGGCAGCUCCGAACCUUUGCCCUGCCAAUGACCCGUCCGUUUCUCACCGCUCCUCGUAUCUUGGAGGUGGGUAAAGAGACCGCUGUGAACUGCUCCUUGGAUGGAGUGUUCCCGGUCUGGGAGGCCCAGGUCCACAUGACGCUGGGGGACCAGAUGCUGAAUUCCACGGUCGUAAGCCACGGGGACGCGCUCAGGGCUACAGCCAUGGCCACAGCGCGCGAGGAGCAGAAGGGCGCCCAGAUUGUCUGCAAGGUGACCCUGGCAGGAGAGAGCCGGGAGACCUGGAAGAAUGUGACCAUCUACAGCUUCGUGGAGCCCAUUCUGAACUUGAGCGAGGCCAGCGCCUCUGAGGGUACCAUGGUGACUGUGACUUGCAUGGCUGGGACCCGAGUCCAAGUUAUGCUGGGCGGGGCUCCGAUCAUGGCCCCGGGGCAGCCCGCCCAGCUCCAGCUAAACGCCACCGAGAGCGACAACGGGCGAACUUUCUCCUGCAAUGCUACGCUGGAAGUGGACGGGAAAGUCCUGCACAAAAAUAGGAGCGUCCAGCUAAAUGUCCUGUACGGUCCCAAGAUUGACCGGACCAAAUGCCCCCAGCGCUUGAUGUGGAAAGAUAAAACUUACCAGGUCCUGCAGUGUCAGGCAAGGGGCAACCCGGAUCCCAUGCUGCAGUGUUUGCAGGAAGGCUCCCAUAUCAAGGUGCCCGUCGGGAUCCCAUUCUUCGUCAGGUUAUACCAUAAUGGCACCUACCACUGUCAGGCCAUCAGCCCGCGGGGCAUAACCACCGUGGAGGUGGUGAUGGAAGUUCAGGGUGAGCCGAGGCGGGGCUGUGGGUCUGGACGAGUAACUCCAGGACUGGCCAGGGCGCGUCUUCACUCCGCGCUUCUCUGCACAGAUCGGAACGCCCGCUCCGUCACCAUCGCCAUGGUGGUGUUACUGGUCUUGAGCCUGGUGAUUGUCACAGCAGCCUUACUGUACGUCUUCGGGGUGCAGAGGAGGAGAGGCAGCUACUGCGUGAAGCACGAGAGCACUUCGCUGCCUCUCACGUCUACACAGCCCGACGGGCUGCAGGGGGAGGAGCCGUCCUGA